AUGGAGCACACGCACGCCCACCUCGUAGCCAACAGCUCGCUGUCCUGGUCCCCCGGCUCGGCCUGCGGCUUGGGCUUCCUGCCCGUGGUCUACUACAGCCUCUUGUUGUGCCUCGGUUUACCAGCAAAUAUCCUAACCGUGAUCAUCCUCUCUCAGCUGGUGGCUAGGAGACAGAAGUCGUCCUACAACUAUCUCUUGGCACUUGCCGCUGCUGACAUCUUGGUCCUCUUUUUCAUUGUGUUCGUGGACUUCCUGUUGGAAGAUUUCAUCUUGAACAUGCAGAUGCCUCAGGUUCCCGACAAGAUCAUAGAAGUGCUGGAAUUCUCAUCCAUCCACACCUCAAUUUGGAUUACUGUUCCAUUAACCAUUGACCGGUAUAUUGCAGUCUGCCACCCGCUCAAGUACCACACGGUCUCCUACCCAGCCCGCACCCGGAAAGUCAUUGUAAGUGUUUAUGUCACCUGCUUCCUGACCAGCAUCCCCUACUACUGGUGGCCCAACAUCUGGACUGAAGACUACAUCAGCACCUCCGUGCAUCAUGUCCUUAUCUGGAUUCACUGCUUCACUGUGUACUUGGUGCCCUGUUCCAUCUUCUUCAUCUUGAACUCAAUCAUUGUAUACAAGCUCAGGCGGAAGAGCAAUUUUCGCCUCCGUGGCUACUCCACAGGGAAAACCACUGCCAUCUUGUUUACCAUUACCUCCAUCUUUGCCACACUCUGGGCCCCACGUAUCAUCAUGAUCCUCUACCACCUCUAUGGGGCGCCCAUCCAGAACCGCUGGCUGAUGCACGUUAUGUCCGACAUUGCCAACAUGCUGGCCCUUCUGAACACGGCCAUCAACUUCUUCCUCUAUUGCUUCAUCAGCAAGCGGUUCCGCAAAAUGGCGGCCGCUACCCUCAAGGCCUUCUUCAAGUGCCAGAAGCAACCGAUACAGUUCUACACCAACCAUAACUUUUCCAUAACAAGUAGCCCUUGGAUCUCGCCGGCCAACUCACACUGUAUCAAGAUGCUGGUGUACCAGUACGACAAAAAUGGAAAACCUAUAAAGGUAUCCCCAUGA